ACAAACGCCGACGCCGAUGCUGCUGCGGACGGCUGCAUAUAGGAAUUUCAUAUUUGCGACCUGCGAAACCAACAAUGCUGGGGAUAAUAUGGACGCGCCAAGGAUACCGCCUCAGUAGGCCCACGAGCCGCUGUCAGUUCAAAAAUCACUACUCAGUCCUCCGCGACCCAGUAUUUGAACGCGUAGACGUGCCCUGCGGCGUCAGUACUCCUAUCACCAUAAAAAUUCACAACCCUCCUUCCAGUACACCCCUCCCAAUCCUCCUUUACAUAACCACCACCCCGCCUUCCUCCCCUCCUCCUCCCACCCCAUUCCCUCUUCUCUCCCAGUCACACACCACAGUCCACAUCUCCCCCCCUCCAUCCCUCUUUCCGCAACCCCUCCACAAGCUGAUGUACGCAUGGACACACGUCCUCUCUCUCCUGCGCCCGCCGCAAACACGUCGAUAUGCCCAGCCACAGCAUCACUACCCGCCGAUAGCACUCUAUGGUUCCUCUAUCGGCGGCAGCACCGCCGGUGGAACAGGCGGCUCUCUCGCCACAGCGCUUGCGCUCACAGAGGCGCUGGCUGCGCGGGGCGUGGGCAGAUACCCCUCCGCGUUAGUCACAGCAGACUCCAUCUUCGACUGCUCGCCUCUCGCCAUCGCCUCCUUACACCCUGACGCUGGUAUCUCCUCACCCACAGCCCUCAAGAUCAGGGACCUCUUCUCCUCACCCCCCUCAACGCUCGACCCCCUCGCCUCACCCCUCCUCCUCUUCCGCGGCUCAGCGUUCCACUCCUCCGCCUUUCCGGGGUCUUGGGCUCCAAACCCGACGAUUCUGCCGGGGUUGUUCGAUAUGGACUCGGACUCAGGCUUUUCGGACUCGAUGAGUGAGGUGGACUCUGACUUUGACUUUUCAGAGUCGAUGAGCUCACCCAGCUUAAUGACCUCGCCAUCUCAACCCGCCGAGUCGCAGCGUGAUAACGAUGCGCCGAUAGACGAUGACCCGACACGACCGCAGAAGAGGAGUUAUCUCAAGUUCCCCCCUGCGAAUUCGGGGUUGAGGCUUCCGAUGUGUAAUUUCCAAAUCUCCCACCCCGCGCCACCAUCACCGCCGUCGAGACCGAAAAAAGGCAGCAAGUUCGCACCGCUAGCGCCUAGAGAUGAGCCGCUAGAGGUGGCACAAGCUCAAUUAAUGGCGUCAGCUAUCAAUCGCUCCGUGAGGAUGGGUUAUGAUACACCCCUUUCUCGACGAGGAGAUGAAGACGGGGAUGGGGAUGAGAGGGCUGUUGUUUCGGAGCUAGAAGGGGAGGGGGGUGUGGAAGAGCGGGGGGCGGUUGGGGCGAGGGAGUGGUUAAGGGAUACUAUGGAUUGGCGGUGAAGUGUCAGUGAGAGAACUUGGAGCUGGUGCUUGAGGAUGGGGAGUUGGGAUGUAAGAUUUAUAUGAGUGGCUUGGGUUGGUUAAUGUUGUUUUCCCGAUGUGGAUUUGAGCCAUUGGCGUUAUGUGGGACGUUGGGCGAGAUGGGGUUUAGGACUCGAGUUUGGGUGGGAUGGGCGGUGGGAUGGAUGGGAAGGGAAGGAAAUAGAUUACGGGGGAGUUAGUAGGGGAUGUAAGAUAAGAUGCAGGAUGUACUAUAUGUAAGUAAAUAUACAAACGA